AUGACGGUCUCCCACGAUCUCGCGACGCCCAUCGUCGUUCUCGUCUCGACCCGUGCGGUCCUUACCCUCCCGGAAGACAAACUCGUACUCACGCCUGCCACAAUCUCCAUCUCCCCUGUAACCGGCAAGAUUCUGGAUAUUACCUCCGCUGUCCUCCCCCAGUCGUCCUUCCCGGCCUCAACAACGUAUGUCGAUUAUGGCGAUAAGCUUCUUCUACCUGGCCUCGUCGACGCUCACGUCCACCUCAACGAGCCUGGCCGCACAGAAUGGGAGGGUUUCUGGACUGGCACCCGCGCCGCCGCCUCUGGCGGUGUAACCACCGUCGUUGACAUGCCGCUGAACGCUAUUCCGCCUACCACUACCGUCGCCGGUUUCAAGGAGAAGCUUGCUGCUAGCGAGGGGCAAUGCUGGGUUGACGUUGGCUUCUACGGCGGUGUGAUCCCCGGUAACGCGGAUGAGCUGCUCCCUCUUGUCGAGGCUGGUGUGCGAGGCUUCAAGGGCUUCCUCAUCGAGUCUGGCGUCGAUGAGUUCCCCGCAGUCUCUGCCCAAGAUAUCGCCUUGGCGAUGAAAACGCUCAACGGCACCCCGACGACCCUUAUGUUCCACGCUGAGAUGAUCCCUCCCAUCGCGGACUCCGUAGGCGAUGCCGUCCAGCAAUCCGAACCCCCCGCCGCCCCCACCGGCGAACUGACCUCCUACAACACAUUCCUCGAAUCCCGUCCCCCGUCCUUUGAGACCUAUGCCGUCGAAGAAAUCCUGUCGCUGGCCCACCUCGCCCCCGAUCUGCACCUGCACAUCGUCCAUCUCUCCGCAACCCAAGCUAUCCCUCUCCUCCGCAACGCAAGGCAGAACGGCAUCAACAUCACCGCCGAGACCUGCUUCCACUACCUUGGCUUCGCAUCCGAGGACAUCGCCGACGGCGACACCAGACACAAGUGCUGCCCGCCGAUCCGCGAGCGCUCCAACCGCGACGGCCUGUGGGAGGAGCUGGUCGCCGAGGACUCAUGCAUCAAGACCAUCGUCUCGGACCACUCGCCUUGCACACCGCAGCUCAAGCUCCUCCCAGCGAGUCUCGAAGCUCCCCCUCCCCCGACAGAAGAAUCCCUCAGCAGGCCAAAGAUGCACCACGCCGAUUCCGGUAUCGACAUGACGAUCCCUGGCGAACGCCUCAACAAGAUUAUCGCGGAGAAGACGCUCGAGGAGGCAGCCGUCGCUGUCGCUGAGGCCAGCACGAAGGGCGACUUCUUCGCUGCCUGGGGCGGCAUCUCGUCCGUGGGACUGGGAUUGCCAAUUGUGCACUCGGCGUCGGUCGCGCGAAUCGCGGAGGCCGGUGAGGGUGCGGCGCCGUCGAUUCUGGAUAUCGUCAGAUUGUGCAGCCAGGCCACGGCCAAGCAGGUCGGUCUGUCACACCGCAAGGGCGCGUUAAAGGUCGGCAUGGACGCCGAUAUUUGCGUGUUUGACGAUGCGGACAUUUGGACCCUCCGGUCUGGCGACAUGCGAUGGAAGAACAAGUGCUCGCCGUGGGAAGGCCACGAGUUCACGGGCAGAGUCAGGGACACCUGGGUUAGAGGCCGCAAGGUCUGGGAGUUUGGCGGUGUGAAUGGUGGAUUUAUCGGGCAGGGACCCGUUGGUGAGGCUAUCACCGAGAAGAGAAUUGCUUGA